UUUCGUAUAUCGGUAAAUGUUAUGUCGAAAUCCGCAAUAUAAAAGCGCUGCACGAGUUAUAUCAACUCAGUUUAUAGCACUUCCAAGAUGUGUAAAGAGAUUGGUGUACUUUUGCUCCUAGCAUUACUAGAGUUUUCUGGUCAAGUGUUCGGGGACUGUCGAAUUGACAAUAGUUAUAUUCAGAAGUCACUGGGUACAUUUACCACGAAGGACGCGCAUGGCAAGUCACAACUACUGCGAUUCAAUUCUGUUGCUGACGGUGCAAAUUUAGAAUUACACUGUCUUAAAGAUGAUGGUAAAAUAGAAACUCACAACAUUGCGUGUCGGAGUGGCAAACUCAAUCCGAAUAAUCCAAUACCUUGCGGAAAGACACUCGUAGACAAAGCUCAUUGGGAAGACUGCCCGGCAACCAUGUACUAUAUUGGAAUUAAAAUUCACAACGAAUUCUUCGAGCUGUAUCGCGCCUGCUACAAUAAAGAGAAUGUUCAGUCAUAUUUCUCGGAUGCUACAGUCUAUUGGAAAAAAAUCCAUCCAAAAUUGGAUCCACGUCCCCUUUUCUCGACUGAUGAACUCAUCACACCAGCACAGGCAAGAUCCUUUGAGAAGAAGUCAGUUUACGAUACCUUCAUUAGCAUCUAUGGUACUCAACAAACCUAUGCAAAGAUAGACAAUAAGAGCAUACCCGUCCUAUUGAUUAAUCGUGGACAUCUAACCGCCUCGAGUGACAUGCUCUUCGCUGAUCAAAUGACGAGCACUUUCAAGCAUCUGAAUAUUGUACCUCAGUUCGAGAGCAUCAAUAGCGGCAAUUGGUUGAAUAUUGAACAUUGGGUUGGCAAUAAUAUACCUGCGAAGUCUGUUGUGCACGUUCGAACUGGUGCUUUUGGUUUACUAAGUCUUUUAGAUUUUAGAAAAGAUCGCAAAAUGCAACCAGCUUAUCUUAUUCCCGAUAAAAAACAGAAUCCUGUGCCUGAGUGGAUGUACAAAAUAGUGCGGGAUGCAAAUAAUCGCCUGCUUCAUGUGUUUUUAACUUAUAAUAAUAUAUUUAACCCAACCAAACCCAAGGCACAUGAGUGCUGCAAAACAGUUGCAUGCCCUCUAAAACUGGAAGACUCCCCUACACUUGGCUUCACUUAUUGCUGUGAGCCCCAAAAAUUUGUUGAAUGUGUACAUAGAAAAUAAUUUAAACAAAUAAUAGCAUAUAAUUUUAAUUG